GCCCCGUUCCCAAUUUUCCAUAAUCUUCCCUAAAUAUCAGCAUUUUCCAAACUCUUCCCUAUUUCUUUCCCUGUUUAAUUUGGAUUUCCAGGGGAAAUUUUCCGGGUUUGGGGAUUCAGGUUCUGGGCAGGUCUCGGAUCCCACAGGAAUUUGGGAAUUUUGAGAGUUUUGUCCUCCCCGUACCUCCCAAUUCCCCCUGGAUUGCCCUCAAAUCCUUCUGGAUCCCAAAUUUCCCUAAUUUCCCCCAAUUCCUUUGGGUUCGGGGAUGGAAUUCCCGGGUUUUUUUGGGAAUUCCCUUUUUUUUUUUUUUUGGAAUUCCCAUUUUUUUGGGGGAAAAAAAAGGCAAUUCCCAAAAAAAAAUGGGAAUUCCCUGCCCCUCUCCCUUUCCUCGCCCCCUCCCCCGUGCGCGCCCCCGCCCCUCCCCCGGGAGCGCGCACGGGCGGGGGCCGCGCCGGGCCCGGUGUCACUGUCGCGAUCCCGCUGUCGCCGCCGCCACUGUCGCGAUCGCGGCGCCGUUGUCGCCGUCCCCGUCCCGGUGUCGCCGUCGCGGUCCCGCCACCGGGAUGAAGCCGGAGGAGGCUCCGUCCUGCCGGGAGCAGGGAACGCCGCUCCCGGGAGCCGGCUCCCCGCCCGCCGCGCUCCCGGUGCUGUGCGCGGGCUGCGGCCGCGGCAUCUGGGACCGGUUCCUGCUGCGGGUGAACGAGCGCUCGUGGCACGAGCGGUGCCUGCGCUGCUCCGAGUGCGGCCGCGCCCUGCGGGGCCGCUGCUUCAGCCGCGAGCGCCGCCUGCUCUGCCCGCCCGACUACGAGCGGCUGUUCCCGCGGCGCUGCGGCCGCUGCCUGGGCGCGCUGGGGCGCUCGGAGCGCGUCCUGCGGGUCCUGGGCCGCGUUUUCCACGAGCGCUGCCUCCGCUGCGGCUCCUGCGGCCGCUGCCUCCGCAGCGGCGACGAGUUCGUGCUGCGGGACGGGCGCAUCCUGUGCCGCGGGCACGCCGAGCCCGAGCCCGAGCCCGGGGCCGCCAGCCCCGCCGCCGAGGAUGGAGCUCGGAGCGAGGACGAGGAGGGCCGGGAUUCCCGGUGCUCCCGGAAUUCCGGCGGGAAGGAUCCCAAACGUUCCAAGCGGCCCCGAACCAUCCUGAGCUCCCAACAGCGCCGGGCGUUCAAAGCCUCCUUUGAGGUCUCCUCCAAACCCUGCCGGAAGGUGCGGGAGACGCUGGCGGCCGAGACGGGGCUGACGGUCCGGGUGGUCCAGGUGUGGUUUCAGAACCAACGAGCCAAGGUGGGAAUUCCCGGAAUUCCAGGACAGAAAACAACCCCAAAUCCUCCAGAAUCGGGAUUUUCCCGGGAUUUUUCCGUGGUUUUUUCCUCCCAGAUGAAGAAGAUUGCCCGCAGGCAGCAGCAGCAGGAGCAGCUCGGGAAUUCCAGAGGGGGAAUUCCAGGCGGGAGAGGACCCCGGAGGAGCAGCCGGGAUGGGAAUGAGGAUGAGGAGGGCCUGCAGCAGAUCCUGGUCCCGUUUUCCCGGAUUCCACCGCCGUCCCUGGAGCCCAACGGAUUCGGGAGCGAGGCCGGAAUGUUCCGGGGAACCCCCCCGGAGCUCCGGCCCUACGACUCUGAGGGAGUUUUCCAGGAGCUGGACGGGGACACCCUGGGAUCCUUGGGAGCAGCCCUGAUCUCCACAGAGAAUUCCCAGCAGCUGAUCCUCGGGAAUGCUGGAAUUCCUGAAAUCCCCGAGCCCAGGGAUGCCCUGGAGCGCCUGUACCCCGGGAAUGCCAGAAUUCCCGAAAUGCCCGAGCCUGGGAAUCCCAUGGAGCGCCUGUACUCCAUGCAGAGCUCCUACUUCACCUCCUGACAGCCUGGAAUUCCCGAAAAUCCCAGUCCUGGGAAUCCCAAAAAAACUGGGAUCGACCCCCAACCCCCAGCAUUCCGCUGGAAUUUGGGAUCUUCCCUCUACUCCCGUGCCAAUUUUGGGGAAUUUUUGGGGGAGAAAUUUUUGGGAAUGCUUCUUUUUUUUUUUUUUUUUUUUUGGGUUUUUUUGUAUGUCUGGUAGGAAAUAAAUCCCAGGAA